CCCACUAACAUUGUCCUGAAUUGUUGAGGAAACCGAAACAAAUUAAGCAAUAGGAGAUUAAUGUGCGAUAAGCGGAUCAGUUUAUAAUUUUAUAUAGAUAGAGCGACUGAUCCGUAGUCCCUGCUGAAGAAAGAAACCCCAGCUCUUUCCCUUCCCCGAAUCCAAAAUUCCCUAACGAAUAAAACGGGAAGAAGGAAACCGCGCGCGCCGACCAGCCCUCCGACCUAAUUCCCCCCGGCGUCGCUUCCUCUCCCCGGCCGCCACAUCUCGUCCUCCACUCCUCCUCCUCCUCCUCCGUCAUCGACCCUGCUCCGCCGCGCCGAGGUGAGAAGAGGACUAGUAGUAGUCAUGGGACAAUUGCUAACGUGUCUUUAUUCCUUUUCCUUUAAAUAAUAUUAUGAACCCUAGAUAUUCCGUUUAAUAUUUGUAUUUAUAGUAUUUUAUGCAUUUGAAGCUUCGGUUCGCUUCAUUUUUUAAUGGCUUCCCGUAUAUAGAACUAAGUAAUGAUGUACUAUGAGACUAUCAAGUUUAUAGACGAAGUAAAAUAUUCGUUUUUAACUUUCUACGAACCCAGAAUGGGACGCGCUUCAAAGAACAAGAAGAGACAUUCUCCUUGCGCAGACAGAAUCAGCACCCUGCCGGACGACAUCAGAAAGCACAUCCUGACCAAGUUACCACUCCGCGACGCGGCCAAGGCCAGCGUCCUCUCAACCAAAUGGCGGCACCUGUGGGCCAAAAUGCCGUCGCUCGUCUUCGACGAAACCUUCCUUCCAAUCAACACCCGGAAAGCAUCACAGCUCAUGUCCAAACUCUGCACCGUCCUCCUGCUCCACCACGGGCCGCUGCGUGAGCUCACGCUCUCGCAGCUCCCCGCGCCGAGGAGCCACCCGAAUCUAGUCGAAUCGAUCCUCAUGUUCCUUGAGAAAGAAGGCACGGUCGAUAGCUUGACCGUCACGUUAGGGCAACAACAACAUGGUACCACGACGACGACGGAGGGCGAAGAAGAUCGCUACCUGCUGCCGAAGCGUCUGUUCUCCACGUUCUUCUCGUCGCGGCUCAAGACCCUGCGGCUGAGCUGCUGCGACGUCGUGUGGUCGUCUCCUUGUUUCGAGGGUUUCGGCGUGCUUCACGUUCUCGAGCUGAGGAACGUGGUGUUCGUGAAGGAGGAGUCUUCUUCUUCUUCUGCGUGGAGAUUUAGGUGUCCGUUGCUUUCAUCUUUGACAUUGGUUGAUUGUGGUGGGAAGGUUUUCGAGGAGCCUGAUUUUGUGAUCGAAGCGACGAAACUCGGUCGUUUUGAGCUUGAUGGGAAGUUCAGCUCUCUCCAUCUGAAGGAUACUCCAGUUCUCAGAACUGCGAUCCUCCGUAAGCAAUUCUUUUCCGAUGGAGAUGAGAAGGAGGUGGAGGAGGAUCCGUCAAAGCUGUGGGACGGCCUUGCGGCGGUGGAGUCGCUCUAUGCGUCCGGUGAUCUUUAUCGGUACUUGGCGGGAGGUAACAAAGAGACCAUAAGUCUUGGCCGGCAGCUGGAGAUGCUAACUCAGUUGACAUUGGAUGGAGUUUGCCUGAGCAGACGCAGCGACGUCUGGUCUGCUCUUUGCUUGAUCACGAAAUCACCAAAUCUUCGACGACUUUCAAUCUCGAUGGAGCUCAAGAGGAGGCUGAUUCACGAUAGCAUAAAGUCAGCACAACUAGGGAGACUACUUAACGGCGAACCAAAGGUUCAUCCGCUUAAAACGGCGGAAGUGAAGAGCUUCCAUGGUACAAAGCACGAGAUGGUUUUUGUGAGAUGGCUGUUGAGCUCCUCGCCGGCGCUCGAGACGAUGGAAAUCGAGCUUUCGUCGGCGGGGCUAUCAGCGGACGAUAAGGAAUCGAUUCUGGCGGAGCUGAACGAAUUUGGAAGACCCUCUGCCACAACAAAAGUUGUGAUCAAACAAAGACACUCUAGCUUGACGAAGAACUGGGGAUUUAGAACACUCUGAUGCGUGAUUGAAUAUCGAAUUGGCCCAGGCUGUGGGGUUUAAGAAUUACUCAGCUGAUAAACCCCACCAAAUUCCAUCUUUCUACUUAGCUCCUUCUAGAGUCCUUAAUAGAAAUUAUUCUCAUUUGAAUCUAAGUCUUUAUUACAAAUAGCGGAGGCAAGCGAUCUUGUAGAUCUUGAAAUAUAUGUCUGCGGAUCAUCGAAGCCUAUUAUUUUUUACCCUAACUGUAAGAUGACUGUAAUCUGUUAGUCGAUUAAUCUUUUAACUAUCGGUAACUAAUUAGCUAAAUUUGGCUAUUGGUAAUUGAGCGUUUACUAUUUGAUGGGUUAUUGUUUACACAAUUAACUUGAUAACCGUUU